AUGGAUCAAGCGGCAAGCCUCAUGAGCGGUACAGGCGCAACACUCGCUGCAGUCAUUCAGCACUGGCACUGCAAGGCGGCACCUCGAAAGGCAGGCGUUGAACCUCUCCCGGACGAGCCAAAAAGAGCGUACACAGGCACAAGGUUCGACGUCACCGAGUUGCAGUCAUCUACACCAAGCACACCCAACAAGACAUUCUCCGAAGCCCCUUUGCGAGAGUGGCCGCAUGAACCAGUCCCAAUCACCAAUGAACCGGUGGUCGAGCGAUCUCUAGACGCAGUCGAUGUGAUACUACGUCUCCUGCCAUGCGUCCUCAUCAUGAAAGCCGGACUCUGUGUCCUUGCCUCCGAAAUCGACAAGACGCAUGUGGGACCCUCGAUCGACAAGACCAGCCAACUGACCCUCCACCUGAUCAAUCUCCACAAUCGUGUGACGGUACGCCCUGUGGCGGCGGAAAAGGGCGCUACGCUCGGGGAAAUCGAGCAACUGCACGCAUCCAUCAGCUUGACAGCGACCCUCAAGACCAUCUGGUCACUGUGGCGGUUCACCUUCACUAGCUUGGCUUUGAUCUUUCUUUGGUCUUGGUACUACGUGGGAUCGCAGGCAGAAACAAGACAGCACUCAUACCGCAACUCUGCCAGCUUUGGCAUUCCCUCGGUUACAUUUCUCUUUUCGCACGCAAUACCUCCUUUCCAAGGGGACCAAAUUGACAUCGACAAGGUUUCGCCCAUCAAGCUAACUGACAUGACCGCCCGAUAUCACCUGUACAGCUCGUUUGCGGCGGGGACGCAGAAGACCAAUGUGCAAGGUGCCAGAGCGGUACAAGGAGCAGACAUCUACGGAGCCACUCUUACCCCGUGGUACGGCCCCGCGCGAGACAGUUCUUCUCUCGAAUUCGACCGGAAGGGUUGGCUAGGGAUCCCGCACAUGUCUGACCAGCCUGUCAUGUCAACGAUUGGGACAUCGAUGUAUUGGAUGAACCGGACGGAAGGGGCGAAUGCCUGA